AUGGUUCCCGCCGUAGAUAGAAAUGAUUUUGCCCGAAAGUCGAUGUCUGAUCACUUGAGUUUAGGAAAUGAAGUAAAGGGUUUUGUAGAGAAUGCAGAUGCAUGCAAUUACAGAGAUGAAUAUGACGGUUGUGCACUUGGCGCCUUUUCCUGUUAUCAUUGUCAGUCUGAAACAGAUGCUGCGAUCCCAAAUUCGGAUCAGAUGAAUGUAUAUUCCUGUGCUGUUGAAUUGGAUACACUUGAUUCAAAAACAACAUCAUAA